AUGGCAUCCAUCCACCUUCCAGGGACCUUAAAGACGUCUAUUUCCGCCAGGGUCAUAGGCUCUCCACCGUGCUGUCCCGGUGUGGGCCUUAGCACGGGUGGGUGUGUUACCAAUCACAUCAGCAAGAAACGCAUCACUUACCUCUACCCUCACAGACAAGGCCAUCCCACCAGCAUGUGCUCCCAAAAGAUGGGCACCCAAGGAGAAACGCCCACCACACCCAGCAUCAGCAGCAGCACAGCACUACAUGGACUUUAUGAACGUCCGGUCCAGGGCAUGUCCAGGGUGAAGCACUUGAGGGUCACAGCGCACCUGCGGGACAUGUCCCAAAGUGGGAAGCAGGGACUGACAAUGAUGUGUGAGGCUUCUUGUGGCUGGGUCUUGGGCAGCACAGUGUGGUGGGACUAG